AUGCUGGUCCGAAAUCCCAAUGGUCCACCUGAGGGCCACGCCAUCCCUCCAAGGAUCUCUCCCCAGAUCCUGGAACAGGUAGUGACUGGAAGACGAGGAGGACCGAGACUAGCGAGGGAAACGCGGAGUGGCCGGACAAGGGAGAUGGUGUCGCCACAGGAGUUGGCGGAAGGAACGACCGACACACCUGGUGGGCGAGAGCGGGAGCGCGAGGGGACCGACGGUGAAAGCCAGCGGCGACUGGGCCAAGUGAUGCGUGCCGUUGGGGGAACGCAUCAUCGUUGCACGAACGAGGAGUCGCAUGAUCGUGCCACGGGCGCCGCUGACGGAUCGUACGAGCUCGGGGGCGGAGAGAACGUCGUCGUCGCCGUCGAACGCGAUUCCAAUCGCGCUUCGAGGUGGCCACUGAGGGAUGAGGUGAUGAGGGAGGAGUCACCAAGCGAGGGCGCCGAGAGGAGGAUGAGCGAGGGAGAUGAGGCGAGCGAGCUGGGCGAAGGAGACGACGGCACCACAGUGAAGGUGGUGGCGGUAAGGAAGGACGAUGGGGACGACGUGCAACGCGCGUUGUUGGAUGGGCGCCUAAACGGGACGCGUCAUCGAUGGCGCCUAACGUCGUCGUCGUCGUCGUGCCCAAUCGCGAAGGCAUUGCGCUUGAGGCAGCGUAGAUGGUGCGGAGCGAGACGAACGGCGUGCGACGCACGUUACGCGUUGUCGAACACGUUAACAGCGCCUAAACGAGACGCAUCGUCAACGGCGUCUACCGUCGACGUCGACGUCGUCUUGGCCCAACUGGAGGACGUCGAACACGGGCAAGGCAAGGUAGUACCCCUGGCAGUGCCCGAAGGCAGACGGUGUCGGUCCCGCAGGCGUGAGUUUUGGGAACAACGGAGCUCGUCUGUUCGGCGAGCUCAACUCCGCCAACGAAUCCAACGCUGA